AUGCCUAUUCUACACUUUUGUGAAGGAAUUUAUUAUUGUGAAUAUGACUUAAAUUAAUACUCUACCUUUCCUCAAUUAGAUGCUAUAUAGUUUAUAAAAAUGAAGUAUUUUUUUAAAAUAUGUCAACUCUUAACAAUGCACAAGAGAAAAAAUUCAUAAUGUUAUGAUAUUGCUUUGAUGGGAUCUUUGGUUAUAAUAUAAUGUUCUGAUACUAACUAAGAUUACUUUAGUAUUUUACCAAUCAAUCAAAUCUCUUUAGAUUACCUAACUAUAGAGAAGCCAAAUUUUUCUUUUAGUAAAAUAAAUAUGAUUGACUAAUACCUUAUAGGUAAUACUAUUUAUAAAUUAGAACUUUAUGAAGAAAAAGAUUUAGGACUUUAAUUUAUAAAUAGUUUAGACUAGAAUGCUUUCAGAACUUUAUUAUAGACAAAAAAACAUUCGAAUUAUAAAUAAAAGAUUUCUAAGCUCAUACAAAUGUAUAAUGAAUGA